CUUGGUUCUCCCACACGGCGUAGUUCACUCGUGAUUGGUGGAGGAUAUUUCACCAUUGGAGGGGCUGAUCACGUGACGUGCUCCGAUCAGCUCCGGGGCGCCAUUUUGGUGUAAAGUUUGGGAUUUCCAAGCGGUGGGAGAGAGAAAAAGAAGAAGGAGGGGUAGUGGAGGAUGGGCGGGGGAAAUUGAUAUACUGAAAGACAAGGAGGAGACGAAGAGGAGGGAAAUAAAAAAAAAAAGAUCAGGAACGACAGCUAGAUGUGAACUUUUUCCCUUGUCAAUCAUCUCGAGUGAACAAAAUAUUCGAUUUACAAGGGAGUACCACUCGAGAACUUGUAGCACUCUCCCUUUAAGCAACUUUCUGCUUCAGGAAGCCGAGGCACCCGUACUUAUCGCGGGGAGGGUGAGAGAUCCUCCUUGAUCACCGGAUCUUAUAUCACUGCUGGAAAUUCAAACACUUCUUUCUUAAUAUAGAAUUUUGACCCCCCCCCCCUUUUGAGUGCGUGGUGUAUUCCUCCAGAGGGGAUCCCUUACGGGACAGGAUUAUCCCACUACUCACUUCGGGAGUGAUCAUCAACUUUGUACUGUUCUGGUUUUAGAGGGUAGUUUGGAAGUCACUGGCGUUGUUGUGUCACCACACAAGUAGUGUUGGAGCAGUAUAUUGGCAGCCUGUUGGUGGUGGUAUUUCUGGGGCUGCACAAUGCCUGUCAGGAAACAAGAUACAGAGCGAGCGUUAAAUCUCCUGGAGGAGUAUCGCAUCAAACUAAACCAAACUGAAGACAAACAGCUCAGGAAGUCUAUUGAGAGAGUUAUUGGUAUAUUUCAGAGUAAUCUUUUUCAAGCUUUAAUAGAUAUACAAGAAUUUUAUGAAGUGACCUUAUUGGAUAAUCCCAAAUGUAUUGACAAUUCAAAGCUUUCCGAACCAGUACAGCCAGCUGUCAAUACAUGGGAUUUUUCCUGCCUUCCAAGCACAACUGUAAAUUCAGAAAUCCUGCCCAGCAACCUCAGUCAGAGUGAGAAAUAUCGAUACCAGGAUGAUGAUAUACCUUCACAAGGACACAUGUCGCCACACAUUAUACAUGAGGAGAGAAGUCCAGAAUUAGUACAUGUCUCAGAGAAGAAUUUGUCACAAAUAGAAAAUGUCCAUGGUCUUGUGUCACAUUCACACAUCUCCCCUGUAAAGGCAAAUCCCGCGCCAAUGAUUGUAAACACAGAAAAUCAGGACACUCCACCUUAUAUGAAUGGAACUGAUGCAGAUUUUGAAUAUGAGGAGAUUACACUUGAAAGGGGUACAUCCGGGCUUGGUUUCAGCAUAGCUGGAGGUACUGAUAAUCCACAUAUUGGAGAUGACACAAGCAUUUUUAUAACAAAAAUUAUUCCAGGAGGUGCUGCAUCCCAAGAUGGAAGGUUACGAGUGAAUGACUGCAUAUUAAGAGUGAACGAUGUUGAUGUUCAAGAUGUAACUCACAGUAAAGCAGUUGAAGCACUAAAAGAUGCGGGAUCUGUUGUCCGAUUAUAUGUCAGAAGGAGAAAACCAGUUACUGAGAAAAUAAUGGAGAUAAAGCUUAUAAAGGGACCUAAAGGUCUUGGGUUCAGCAUAGCUGGAGGUGUUGGAAAUCAGCAUAUUCCUGGAGAUAAUAGUAUUUACGUAACCAAAAUUAUUGAGGGUGGUGCCGCACACAAGGAUGGCAAGCUUCAAAUCGGCGACAAGCUUUUAGCACUUAUUCUCAGCAAGUGGACAACCAUAUCAAUCCACCAGGAUACCUUGGUCAACCAUUGCCACCAUCCCCAUCACGGUAUUCUCCUGUUCCAAAAGGAAUGCUGGGAGAUGACGAUUUUUCACGGGAGCCACGAAAGAUUGCAUUGUACAGAGGUGCAACAGGACUUGGCUUCAAUAUUGUCGGAGGAGAAGACGGUGAAGGAAUCUUUAUCUCUUUCAUUCUUGCAGGAGGCCCAGCUGAUUUAAGUGGGGAACUCAGAAAAGGAGACCGCAUUAUAUCGGUGAAUGGUGUUGAUUUGAAAUCAGCUACUCAUGAACAAGCAGCAGCAGCCUUAAAGAAUGCUGGACAAACUGUCACCAUCCUUGCACAAUACCGUCCAGAAGAGUAUAGUCGUUUUGAGGCUAAGAUACACGAUUUAAGGGAACAGAUGAUGAACAGUAGCAUAAGCUCUGGAUCCGGCUCUCUUAGAACAAGCCAGAAACGUUCACUAUAUGUCAGAGCACUUUUUGAUUAUGACAAAACAAAAGACAGUGGCCUUCCCAGCCAAGGUCUUAAUUUCAAAUUUGGAGAUAUUCUUCAUGUUGUCAAUGCGUCAGAUGAUGAAUGGUGGCAGGCCCGCCAAGUAACGGCAGAGGGAGAAAGUGAGGAAAUUGGAGUAAUUCCAAGCAAACGCAGAGUUGAAAAGAAAGAGCGAGCCAGGUUAAAGACAGUCAAAUUCAAUUCUAAGGCAAGAGGCGACAAAGGGCAGUCAUUCAAUGACAAGCGUAAAAAGAACCUCUUUUCCCGAAAAUUUCCAUUCUACAAGAACAAGGACCAGAGUGAGCUGGAAACCAGUGAUAUUGACCAACAUGUAACUUCUAAUGCCAGCGAUAGUGAAAGUAGUUACCGUGGCCAAGAAGAAUAUGUGUUAUCUUAUGAGCCUGUUAAUCAACAAGAAGUGAACUACUCCCGACCAGUGAUUAUAUUAGGACCUAUGAAAGACAGAAUAAAUGAUGACUUGAUAUCAGAGUUUCCGGAAAAGUUUGGAUCUUGUGUUCCACAUACAACUCGACCAAAAAGAGAUUAUGAAGUAGAUAGAAGAGACUAUCACUUUGUCACUUCUAGGGAACAGAUGGAAAAAGAUAUCCAGGAUCAUAAGUUCAUAGAAGCUGGGCAAUACAAUAAUCACCUGUAUGGAACAAGUGUACAGUCUGUCCGGGAAGUAGCAGAGAGGGGUAAACAUUGUAUCCUUGAUGUUUCUGGAAAUGCAAUCAAAAGGUUACAGAUAGCCCAGCUCUACCCAAUCGCUAUUUUCAUCAAACCUAAAUCCGUGGAAAAUAUAAUGGAAAUGAAUAAGCGCCUGACUGAAGAUCAAGCCCGCAAAACAUUUGAUAGAGCUAUGAAAUUGGAGCAGGAAUUCACAGAACAUUUCACAGCAAUUGUGCAGGGAGACACAUUGGAAGAAAUAUAUAACCAAGUCAAACAAAUCAUAGAAGAACAGUCUGGCAAUUACAUCUGGGUUCCCGCAAAAGAGAAAUUAUGAAAUUAUGAAGAGAAUCCAUUGCAAAAUUCCUGCCAUUGCCCAUUACACUUGACACGUUGUGUAACCUCUCCCAUAGAGGGGCAUGUUCUAAUUUUUAGGACUGCUCAUACCACUUAUUUGCUACCAUUCCUUCCACCUUUUAUAUACAUUGUCACUUUUUUGGUAGAUCAUUUUAAUUUACAACUUUUUUUUUUUUUUUUUUUUUUAUAGUACAUCUAUAUUUAUAUAAAUAAAUAAAUAUAUAUAUAUAUAUAUUAAAGGUGGAAUGACCAGACAAAUUAUCAAGGGGGUUUAAGGGAAAUAAGUGGUACAAAACAAUCCUUAAUGUUUAAGGGAAGAUGAACACAUUUACAGAAAAAAAGCUUUAUUAAUAAUAAUCAAAUAGUAAAUGAAAUAAGUGGUCUUAACUUACAAUAUUGUGAGUAUCUUUGCACACUUUGUUUUUAAUAGCAUGGUUUGGCCUAUGUAUCUCUCUCUCUCUCUCUCUAUAUA